AUGUACGCGAAGAUUGAAAGCGAACGACUACGAUACUUACCAUAUAAUCAACUAAGGCUGCGCGCGGAAGAGUACAAUCAUUUGCGAGACGCUAUCAACAACAACGCCGUCGUCGCCGAAAUUGAUUUUACCAAUGAUACGGUCACAAAUGUCGACGGAUACCCAAUAUAUCGUCGAAGAAAUCCUGAUAAUGGCGGACAAUCAUUUAUUAAAAAUAUCAUCAACACAGACAUUGAUAUUGACAAUCGUUGGGUGGUGCCAUAUUCGCCUCUGCUGAGCAAGACAUAUAAUGCUCAUACUAAUGUUGAGUUCUGCAGUUCUGUGAAGAGCAUCAAAUACAUUUGCAAGUAUGUCCAUAAAGGCAGUGAUAUGGCUGUGUUUAGAGUGGAAAAUACUAAUGUGAAUGCUCCUCCAGUGAAUAAAAACGAUGAAAUAACGCUCUACCAAAUUGGUCGGUACAUCAGCUCCAAUGAAGCUGCUUGGCGUAUUUUUGGUUUUCCAAUUCAUGAACGGGAUCCAGCAGUUGUUCAGUUAGCCGUCCAUCUUGAAAACGGUCAGCGUACUCAAACAAAAACAUGGAUGCCCCGCAAGCAAGGCUCACCAGUUGCUGCAUGUCUCAGUUUAUUUAAAUCAAACGCCUUGGGGCGAUUAUUUACAGUCAAUCCAAGACACACUGAGUGCUUUUAUCUUCGACUGUUGUUUGUUAAUGUUACUGGCCCAUUAUCAUUUCAAGAUAUACGUAAAGUGAAUGGGCAACACUAUCCAACGUAUAAAGAUGCAUGCCUUGAACUCGGCUUGCUGGAAGGCGACAACCAGUGGGAAUGCAUGCGUGCUGAAGCUGCAUUGAACUGUACAGCAAUACAAAUUUGUCUACUAUUCGCUAUAGUGUUGACUACAUGUUUCCCAGCCCGAGCACAGAUAUUAUGGGAUAAUCAUAAAGAUUCAAUGACUGAUGAUAUAUUGCAUCAACAUCGUAUACGGUGCCACGAUCUAACGAUAACAUUCAGCGACGCAAUGUACAAUGAAGCAUUGAUUGCUAUUGAGGAUCUUUGCAUUGUCAUUACCAACUUACCACUUAGUAAUUUCGGUAUGAAUUCGCCAAAUCGAACUGCAUCUGAUUUAAUGAAUACUGAAAUGAAUCGUGAACUGCAGUACAGUACUGUAGAAAUGGCAGCGAUUGUUGCCCGCAAUGUCCCACUAAUGAAUGAGGAACAAAGAACCAUUUAUGAUUGCAUCAUGCUCGCAGUUUCAGCUGGACAAGGUGGGUUCUUCUUUUUGAAUGCACCGGGUGGAACUGGCAAAACAUUCGUUAUUUCGCUAAUUCUUGCUGAAAUAUUAUCAAAUAAUCGCAUCGCAUUGGCCGUUGCAUCAUCGGGCAUUGGAGCAACUUUAUUGGAUGGAGGUAGAACAUCUCAUUCAGUAUUUAAGCUGCCACUAAAUAUUCAGAAUAACCCUGACGCAGUAUGCAACAUUAAGAAACAAUCGUCCAUGGCCACUGUGCUGAAACGGUGUAAAAUUAUUAUCUGGGAUGAAUGUACUAUGGCACACAAACAUUUGCUUGAGGCGUUGAACAGGACAUUGAAAGAUAUUAAAAACAACGACAAACUAUUUGGCGGAACUCUGUUGGUCCUUUCAGGUGAUUUCAGACAAACACUUCCAGUCAUUCCACGUUCAACAUACGCUGAUGAGAUCAACGCUUGCUUAAAAUCAUCUCCAUUGUGGCGUAAUGUUGAAAAAUUACAGCUAAAAGUAAAUAUGCGCGUUCAAAUGCUUCAAGAUCCAUCCGCUGAAAAAUUUUCAAAACAACUCUUAGAUAUCGGUGAUGGAAAAGUUGCUAUAGAUGAAACUGGAUACGUAAAAUUACCGACCGAUUUCUGCACAAUCGCUGAUUCGCAAGAUACUCUCAUUGAACAAAUAUUUCCCGAUGUACACACACAGUACAUAAAUCAUGAGUGGCUUGCGGAAAGAGCAAUUUUAGCGGCAUAA